GAGAGUGAGACGAGGGAUAUGCGGAUCUGUUCAUUUGCAGGGGGCUGGAUCCUCCAGAGCUGACGGGGAAGAAGAGGCAUGGGAUCUGGAUCAGGAGCCGUGCUGGUGCUUGUGGCAGCAUGUCUAGCGAUUGCCCCGCCCUGCGCUCUGGCUUCUUCUCGCAAUUAUUACCCUUUUCAGGUUUGGUCUGGACAUUGCGCAACCAAAAUUGCUUAACUCCACAAAUGGUUCAUUUACUCCAAGCUCACAUGUUGAUUUUGACCCUUCAAAAUCAAAGUGACUCUCGUGGCAUCCCAGGUUUUCUCUCUCGCAUGGAGUGUGACCACUUAGUAUCUAUGGCACAUAGUAAGAUAGGGUCAUCUUUACUUGUUAAUGAUGGUGCUACAAAUAUUUCCCAGAACAAUAUUGAUGCAGGCCUCCUACUUCGCCUGGCUGAUAGCAAUCUGAAGGAUACUCAAGCCAAGGAAGGGACACCUUCCGAUUGUGCUGGUUACGCAGUGAAACCUGUCAAAGGCAACGCGAUUCUGCUGUUCAAUUCAAGGCCUGACGGAAUCGCCGACAAGGACAGCCAGUAUGAGGCCUGUUCUGUCCUUGAAGGGGAGAAAUGGCUCGCCAUAAAACAUAUGCAUGCCAGCAAGAUUGAUAAAUCAGAACCUUCUCCGGUAUCCGAGGAUGAUGGUUGCACCGAUGAAGAUGGUAACUGUGUCAAUUGGGCUGCUGCCGGUGAAUGCGACAAGAAUCCAGUGUUUAUGAUUGGAAGUCCAGACUACUAUGGCACUUGCAGGAAGACCUGCCAUGCGUGCUAGAUCUUUUUUUUUUGUUUUCGUGCAUUGCCCUAGGGAUGUCUCUUGGCAUUUUCAUUGUUUAAUACAGGCAUUGGUGUUGUAAGUGGAAAAUGAUCAGCAAAUUGUGCACUUUCCACAGAUAACCUUUACUGUUGGCAGGAAAUGUAGUACAUAGGUAUUGGAUUGGCUGCUCUUAUGAAAUUAUGGAAUUUAAUUCUGACCUCA